AUGGCGUGCUUAAAUACACUUAAACAAGAAAUAAAAACUUUAGAAGCAGUGUUUCCGAAAAAUCAUGAAAGGUUUCAGAUAGUGUCUGCUAGUGUUGAUGAGCUUAGCUGUAGGUUUAUUGGGAAAAACGGAAAAAAAUAUGAAAUACAUGCUAAUAUUACGGAAACAUACCCUGCAACCCCUCCUGUUUGGUUUGCUGACUCUGAAGAAACCAGUGUAACCAAUGCUGUACAAAUUCUUAGCAAUACAUCUGGAGCUGAAAACCAUGUAGUAAAUCAAGUUGGAAUUUUGUUAAAGGAAUUAUGUCGCUUACAUGGUGUUCAAGAACCUUCAGAUUUAACAAGACUUACUCUUCCUUCACCUGUCAACACACGUUUUCAGCCAGAACCUGAACAAGAUAUGGAUGAAGAUGAAGAUGAUGAAGAAGAAGAUGGAGAUGAGGAUCUUCAUCUUGAAAUGGAAGAGAUAGAUACAAAUUCCAAAAGUAAGAAUGAAGAAAUUGCUAUGGAACACAUAGCUUUAUUGGAGCGUCUGCGUCAAAAAGAAAGGCAAGAUCAUUUAAAAGGAUCGGUGCAUGGCUCUGUUCAAGCAACUGAUCGUCUCAUGAAAGAAUUAAGAGACAUAUACCGUUCCGAUACCUACAAAAAAGGCAUGUAUAGCAUCGAUCUUGUUAGUGAUUCUUUGUAUGAAUGGAACGUAAGACUUAUGUCAGUUGAUCCUGAUUCACCUUUACACAAUGAUCUUAUUUUAUUGAAAGAAAAAGAAGGGAAAGAUAGUAUUUUACUUAGUAUGCUUUUUAAGGCAAUUUAUCCUGUUAUAUCGGGUGGAUAUGUAUUAGUAGGAGGAGCAAUUUGUAUGGAGUUAUUAACUAAACAAGGGUGGAGCUCAGCUUAUACUGUAGAGGCUGUAAUAAUGCAAAUCGCAGCUACGCUUGUUAAAGGAAAAGCUAGAAUUCAAUUUAAUUAUGCUAAAGUUGUUGAUCAAGGGCAGUAUAGUCUAGCAAGAGCACAACAAUCAUUUAAAUCACUUGUACAAAUACACGAAAAAAACGGUUGGUUUACACCUCCAAAAGAAGAUGGAUAG